CGAACAUUACGAAACUUCUAUUCGAUCAAAUAAGCCUGGUAACAAAUGAGCAAUUACAUUUGUUGUUGACCAAAAUCGACACUUUCAUUGACCACUUCGUGGUCUUAUUUUCGUGGAAAGAUUUGGGGCAGAGUAAACCCUCUCGCUUCGCCUCUUCUGGUUUACCCAAUGGCAAAGAUACAUAGGAGUCAGGUUAGGUUGGGGGCAAUGGGCAUCUUUGUCCAUGGUUUACCCAUAACAUUUAUCUCAAACCAGAGUAAAGCAUCUUUUGUAGGGUGUGGUGGUCUCUGUAACCAAGGCAAACUGAUUUAUGCAGCAGUAACCUGUUUUGGGACUAUGGGGUUGGGACUACAAGGAUGCUUGAAAUUAUGAAUUACAGUAGUGAUUUGUAUUAGCUGUAAAAAUCCUCCAUGCUUGAUUACCUGUGAACCUGAUAUGAGAAAUGGCAUGGUAUAUCUACAGAAUAAUAUGAGUACAUGUUUUUAGAGAAUUUAGACGUUUUUACAAAAAUAUCAUUCACAACACUUCAUUUUCUUGAUAAGGCUUCCUCUUAGUGGAACUUUAAAUAUACAUCAGUUAGAUCUGUGAGCACUUGUAUGGUAUACCUGGUGCCUAAUCAGAAUUUUCAUGAAAAUAUCAUUACAUUCACAACUUUUAAUUGUCUUCAUGAAGCUUUAUCAAGACAUGAACUUUAAAUAGACAUGAGUUAGAGGUUUGAGAGCUGGUAUGGCAUAUUUAGAGUCUGAGUAGCUAGAUAGAGGGAAACAUCUUUAGAUGAUUCAUUGAUUUUCACAAAAUAUAAUUACAUUCACAAUUUUAAAUUGUCUUCAAAAGGCUUCCCGAAGCUGUGACCAUUGUGUAUAGAUUGUUUUGGAGUCUGUGCGAGGUUGCAUAUCUAGACUAGAACCUUGUCUGAAUAGCCAGAUAAAGGAAAAAUGUCGUUGAAAAUUCAGGGGAUAGCCCAAAUGGGUUUCAAACCCAGAAACCUGCAACUGUCAGUCCAGUAGUACUGUCACCAUAAAGCCUGAACUAAGGGCUACAUAAAAAUGGUUUUUAAUACUGAUACAAAUGUGGAGCAAAAGCUAAACAUACAAAAAUGAGGUUCAAAAUGAGUCACUGCAGUGAUCUGGACUCACACAGUUGUAGGGUAGUUGCAAAAUGGUGCAGUGCUGUGUCAUUGUUGGCAAAAGUCUUGCUCCCUCAAUUGCCAGCGCUGUAGUUUAAAGCCUCUGCAGUCACCUGAUGCACUGCUGAGAUUUUGUUUGUUUUUAGGGGCUAAUGGUAAUAUUUGCUAUUCAUCGUGUUUCAGAGAGAUAGACAUGCUUCUCAGCUAAAUGUAUAUUUUGUUUUCUCAGACUGUCCUCAUUGCCCUCCGUCUCUCCACUGCUCCACAGCCCCUUAUCACUGCUUAUCCCCGCCCCUUACAUCUCUCAUUCCCUUCCUUAACAGCUCAGACUUGGCUGGCUGAUGCUAUCAUUGAUCCCUGCUGUCAGUGCUCUAAAAAAACGUUGCGUCACAGUCAUUACCAGCUCUAUAAAAGAUACAGUGAUGCAGAUUCCACUGUGUCGACCCAGCAACUCUACUACAGUUAGAGCUGCCUGUUUCGCAAGUCAUGAGUUCCAUUGCUUACGACCCUUACUUUCCCUCCUCUUCCCACAAGAGGAGGGUGAUGCUGCGCAGUGGAGGGUAUGGAGACAGUGCAGGAGGGAUGGCAUCCAGGUCGGUGUAUUCCAGCCACUCUGCCCCCCUCUCAUACCAUGGGUCAUCCCGACUGCGUUACCCAACAUACAGCCGUAGCUCCUCCAUGCUGCUGUCUACCCCCAGAUCUGCUGCCGCUGCUGAACUCGACAUCAGCCAGGCGGUGCAGGUGAGCACUGAGUUCAAGGCCGUGCGGACGCAGGAGAAAGCCCAGCUACAGGAGCUGAAUGACCGCUUUGCCAGUUUCAUUGAGCGUGUCCAUGAGCUGGAGCAGCAGAACAAGGUGCUGGAUGCUGAACUGCUGAUCCUCAGGCAGAGGCAUGGCGAGCCCUCCCACCUCAGGUCCCUGUAUGAGCACGAGAUCCGCCAGCUCCGUGCUGCUGUGGAGGAGGCCCGCGAUGAGAAACAGGCUGCCCAGAACCACAGGGACCAGAUGGAGGAGGUGCUGCAGAGUCUGCAGGGACGUUAUGAAGAGGAGGUAGUGAGCAGGGAAGAGGUGGAGGGGCAACUGAUGGAUGCCAGGAAAGGGGCGGAUGAGGCUGCUUUGGGCCGUGCUGAGCUGGAGAAGAGGACGGAGACGCUGCUGGAUGAGCUGGCCUUCCUGAAACGUCUCCAUGAGGGGGAGAUAGCUGAGCUGCAGGCCCAGGUGCAGUACAAUGCCCAGGUGUCCGUGGAAAUGGAGGUGGCCAAGCCAGACCUGUCUUCAGCCCUCCGAGACAUCCGCGUCCAGUAUGAGAAACUGGCACAUCGCAACCUCCAGUCAGCCGAGGAAUGGUUCCGCAGCAAGGUGAGUGUGAUGACAGAAGGCACCGCCCGCAACACAGACAACAUUCGCAAUGCCAAAGAAGAUGCCGGGGAGUACCGCCUCCUGAUUCAAACACGGAACCAGGAGAUUGAAGCCUGCCGUGAUAGGAACCAGUCCCUGGAGAAUCAGUUACAGGAGGUAGAGGAGGAACAGAGUGCUGAGAUCGCAGCCCUACAGGAAUCAAUUGGCCAGCUGGAGGACGAGUUGAGGACAACCAAGAAUGAAAUGGCUCAGUACCUGAAGGAUUAUCAAGACCUCUUGAAUGUUAAGAUGGCUCUGGACAUCGAGAUCGCAGCUUACAGGAAGCUGCUUGAAGGGGAGGAGAAUCGCUUCAGUGCAGUAGGACCAGGGGCAAUGUCCAGUGUCUAUUCCCAAAGCCUGUGUGUGGCCCCAUCCCGCAACCGCCCCAUGUUUUCCAUGCAGUCCAGCCUGACCUCUGGUGCCCCCUACCUACGCAUGUACAGCUCAUCAUUCUCCUCUGCAGAUGAGAUUAUAGCUGCUAGUCAAGCACAGCCUGCUGAGUCAAGUCCUCAGGAGGAAGAGGAGGAGGAAGGAGAGAAGGGAGACGAGGAAGCAAAGGAAGAGGAUGUUGAGGAAGAGAAAAAAGCAGAAGAUGACAAUGGAGAUAUGAAGGAACAGGCAGAAGAGGAGGCUAAAGAAAAUGGAGACGAUGGAGGAGAUGAAAAUCAAGAAGGUAGAGAUGGAGAGGAGGAUGGAGCCAAUGAAACAGAAGAAGGGCAUGAUAAGGGAGAAGAGGAUGAAAGCAAAAAGGAAGUAGAAGUGGCAGAGGAAAAAGAGAAGCCAAAGGACAAAAAUAUUUAAAUCAAGAUUCUGAUGAAUGACACAUUGAUUGUCCCAUAUUGAGGUGCUCUACAAAAAGAUCCAUUAGUUCAGUACAAUCAAUCAGGAAACCAUUGUAUACAGCAGAGGCCUUUAUGUUUGUGUGCAAAGAGGUAGUAUGGCUGUACAGUGAAGCAAAACAUGACAGUGUAUGCAUGUGUGUGCCAGCAAGGCCAUAAAUAAUAAAAAGCAAAUAGCUGUAUAUGAAAUACAUUCAAAUAAAUGCAAUAUGAGUGCUCUAUGGGUGAGAAAGAAUGUGUGGAGUUUUGUGAGCAAAUACUGUAUUGUAUUAGCCUAAGAAAUAUGUUUGAAAAACCUAUGUGCAUUUCUGUCACCACAAUAUGCAUAUAAGAACACCACUGUGUUCAAUAUACUUGAUUUUCAAUGCCUUAGACAUAUUCUUAGUGGGAUCAAUGAUGUACUGUACUGAACACAAAUAAAGACUUAAAACAUGUCCAUCUGAA